CUUGCAUAUAUCUUGUAGUUUCACCAUGUAGUGCUUACUUUGAAUGGAAAGCUUACAAGAAGUUGUGCAAUUUGAGUUCAAACCUGCUCAUAACGUCAAAUGCCUUCGAUUCUUGAUCAUAGGCCUUUAAAAGAGCCAUCAAGGCUUUUUGAGAGCAUGGUGGUUGUUGGACUUCAUCCUAAUUGUGAUAUUCAGGCACUUCAGAAGCAGUACUUUGGGAGAAAGUCUGAAGGUUCGGGUAAAUUUCGAAGUGCAUUCAGUGGUCAGCAUCAGUCUCGUGUAGAACCUAACCUUGAACCCCAGUUUUUUAUUUUCAGGUCUUAUUUGUUUAUCCUCCUGAAAAACAGCUGCCACUUAAGUAUAAGGAUCUUCUUUCAUUCUGCUUUCCUGGAGGUGUGGAGGUUCAUGCUAUUGAAAAAACUUCUUCAAUGAGCGAGUUGAAUGAAAUACUUUUUGGGCAGGUAUCCUAAAGCUUCCCCAAUCAUAUUAUUAGACAUUCUUGUUAUCAUCCUCAUCAUCACCUUCAUCAUCUAGUGAAGUGAACAGAUAAAAGCUAAUGUUUACUUUAUCUUACCUUCUUAACGAAACUGGAUGAUGAAGGUGAUGAUGGGAAGCAGCAUGGAGAGCGAUUCAGAAUGACAAUGAAGGAUGGAUGGGGGCUUUCCUUUGGAUUCUUAUUUCUCUUCUUUUUUCUUUUUUCUUUUUUUCCUUUGAUCUGAUUGGGGAGUUGGGUGUUUUGGUUCACUUUCUUCUUAUUUUUUGUGUUAAAUGGGGGAGGGAGUGGUGAGAGAUAGAGAGAGAGAAGAGAGUAAUAU